CCUUCUCCAAAGUCCAUUUUAAUCCUAGGGCAAUAGCGAGGGCAUAUUUGAAAAAAUAGAGAGAGCGGUACUCUCAUUUUCGACCCACAGCUUCUCGACACGAGCUUCGAUUUUCACUCCUCCCAAUCCCUUCAAAUUAAACACAAACUCAUGAAUCUACCUCGAAAUUUUCACCAUAAACCCUAAUCUCCGCCACCUUCUCACUGUCUAAAUGCAAGAGCCUCCGCUGCAUUAACCUUAACAGGUCUUAUCUCUAUUAGCUGGACAGCUUUUGGUACCAGAACAAUGAAUGGAAUAUUUAAUGAGCAGAUUUUGGUUGAGAAGCUAGCCAAACUCAAUAGCUCACAAAAGAGCAUAGAGACUUUAUCACACUGGUGCAUUUUCCAUAGGAAGAGAGCAAAACAAGUUGUUGAAACAUGGGAAAGACAGUUCCAUUGCUCCCUGAGGGAGCAGCGACUCUCCUUUCUAUAUCUUGCAAAUGAUAUUUUGCAGAAUAGUAGGCGAAAUGGUUUGGAGUUUGUUGGUGAAUUUUGGAAGGUUCUUCCAAAUGCUCUUCGUGAUGUAGUAGAAAGUGGAGAUGAUUUUGGGAAAAAUGCUGUGCUGCGACUGAUUAAUAUAUGGGAUGAGAGAAAGGUAUUCGGUUCUAGGGGGCAAAUUCUCAAAGAAGAGCUCAUGGGGAAGACUGUGGAGAAUAAUGAUAAAAAUAAUAAUAACAAUUCAUAUAGCAAGAACUUGAGCUUUAGACAUAAACAUCCUUUCCAAGCUGCAGUGGAAAAAAUCAUUUCAAGUUAUGAAAAUGUAUAUGGUAGUCCAUUGGAUGAAGAAACUCUAUUGAGCAAAUGCAGGAGCGCUAUUGGUUGCAUUGAGAAAGCAGAGAAGGAGAUUGGUGGUGAUUACAGCUCAGGGCAAUUCAAUGGAUCUAAAUAUGUUGAGGAGUUGCAAGGGCAGCAUGACAUACUGACAGAAUGUAUCGAGCAACUGAGAACAGCUGAAUCAUCAAGAGCAAGUCUCGUGUCUCAUUUGAAGGAGGCUCUCCAAGAGCAGGAAUUCAAGCUGGAUCAAGUUCACAAUCAACUUCAGGUUGCCGAGUCACAAUCAGCACAUAUAAGCAGCAUUCGGCAACAAUUGCUGAACUGCAACAGAGGUCAUAUGACAGCAGAGCAGAGGGAUGUUAACGCUCAUGCUGAGGCACCUUCCACUUUCACUCCAGAAACUCCAGCCACUGGUGGAGACAAGGAACAAUCAGCUCCGGUAAUGUACACAAGGGAGGAAUCUUUCACUGGUAAGUCUUCUUCCCGCUUUGAAGAAGAUCCACGGAAAUCUGCAGCUGCUGCUGUGGCAGCAAAGCUUGCAGCUUCAACCUCCUCGGCCCAAAUGCUAUCCUAUGUGUUCUCCUCUCUGGCGUCAGAAUCGGCGGAUGGAAAUCCAAAGGAAGAAUCUCCUGAUGCUCUUCCUUUUGAGAAAAGGCCAAAACUUGAAAACCUUCCUUUUUCCUACUUCCCACCUCAGCAUUCCCAACAACCACCACUUCCCCCUUUUCCCCAUCCUGAUUCGCUCCAAAACAAGGCGACAGCUACCUCGCAAAUGCCUCCGCAGCAGCCACCUCCCCAACUGUCCCCUCAGGUGUCACAUCCAGAUCUGGCCAUGCAUCAGGCAGCACCACCUCCGCUACCAACUCUCCCACAGCUAGCCACGCCACCAUUUAUGCAGACAGCUGGAUCUAUGAUAGGUGCACCGUACAACUAUACACCACCACUGCCUCCACCUCCUGGCUUUUCAAUACCUAGAACCCCACUAACUGCUGUCCCUUAUCCUUCUCCGCCGAUUCCAUACCAGAAUUUUCAGGGGCCAGAAGGUUUCUUCAGUCAGCCGCCCAUACCAGCAACACCUCCAAUUUCGAGGUCCUAGAACUGCGAGGUAUGUAGUUGGUGCUUUAGAAGUUUUACAUGGCAACUUGACUUCGUAGGAAAUUUACCAACCUCCUUGAUGAUGGAAGAUGAAGCUUCUUGUAAUAUUACAUGUAAAUUACUUAGAUUAUCGUAAAGCUCACAGUUAUAUUAGUUAAUUAUGCUGAUAAAUUUUUUGAAGAA